AUGGCGCCGGGCAACUUUGGCGCAGGCAGUACCUUCAGAAUCACAGGCGAGCAAUGGCGGUUCAUCAUUGAUGUUACGCGCAAAGGCGACUGUGUUGUGGAUAUCGUCGCCAUCACUCUCAUCGCCAGUCAUGGCCAGGACGGUCGUCGUAAUGGCGGGGUUAUUGCGCGAGCCUGCAAUACUCACCCGACGCCAGCAAAGCAAAAGCUCCCAGGGACAGGACAUUUAAGAUGGUAUCCUGUCACAAGUGGUGGCGAGAUCUACCAGCACUGUUGCGACAAAGAGUGUACCAGCCCUGACAAGUCCCACCCCACGUCACGAGGAACGUGGGAAACUAGUCGACUCCGGAUCAUUCAGAAGGUUUGUGAGCAGGAAGUCUUGACCUGGAGAAGACUGCAUAGGGAGGCUACGGCGAAAGCAUCAACAAACGCUCCGGCUUUGCAGCAGGAGCCUCGGAUGAAUCGAGAAGUCGCAUUGAGGGACAAAAGCAGCACAGCAUGCCACACGGAGAUCCCAAGCUACGAAAAGAUCAAUCAUCUCAACCACAAACAGUUGCAUCAGAUUGCAAAACAACUUCGAGAUGAGGUUGGUUCCCUUCACCACGACUUGCAGGCGGCCAGUAUCGAAACAGAAGCUCUUCGGGCGCGAAAUGUUCAAUUAGACAAGGAGAAUGCUGAACGGUCAGCUACGAUUCAAAAUACGGCGUUAGAGCUGAGUCGUGUCCGCGAGCGGGCAGAAGCGGUUACCGAGGAAAAUCACAUUCGUGCGGUCACCACGAAAGAUCAAAAGCGUCAGAUCAAGAAACUCCUCGAGAAGAACAAGGAGCUCGAGUCUGAGGUCAGUGCCAAUGAUGCCAACGCGGCCGAGAAAGCUGCAAAAGUGCGUAUGGAAAUGCAAGAUCUGCAUCAAACGAUUGCCAACAUGAGAGACGGAACUUUCAACUUCGAACAACUAAAGACGUUGAAAGCUGAUAAGAUUUUACUUCAUCGGCAGUACAAGGGACUCAACAACGAAUACAACGCCCUCAUUGAAAGCAGUCAGUCACAAAUUGACAGAAAUGCCGAACUCGAGUCCAAGGUGGAAAAGAUGGACCGCAAGAAGAAACGCAUGGUGGACAAAUUGAGUAAGCUGGAGGACAAGACCCAGUCACAGGAAGAACACAUCGAGACCUUAACAGCGGCAAGUGACGAAGCCAGAGAAGCGAAUGUGGAGCUGAACAGAAUUACGGUCAUGCUUGAGAAAGAAAAGGAAGAGGUGAUCAAGACCAGUCAAGGAUACGCUGGGCAGCUGAGUGAGCUCGACAACGAGCUCCAACAGAGCCGCGCCAGUGUCGCCGAGCUACGGCGUGAUCUGGAAAUGAAGAACGAACGCGAAAGACGCACCGAAGCCGCGCUCGAGGAAGCUCAACGGAGUCUCAAACACAAGUCAGCUGCGCAUUCGAAUCAGACCGAGAAGAUCAUGGCAGGAUUGAGCGACAAGGAUACCUUCAUUGAGCGACUUGAGGGUGACAUUCUUCGCCUUCAACAACAAUCGCAAGCCGCCCUACAUACGCCGCAACGUGGCCGGGGAGCUAGAGCGGAGCCCCCUGCAUCCGUCCAUGAAUUGCAGUAUCAGCGGGAAAUCGCCCGCCAGGCGAAGGAGAAAGCAAGCGACAUGGAGAGCAAGCUCGAAGCGAUGAAGUUGGCCAUGGAAGCUAUGAAGUCCGAGUUGCAGACCGAGAAGGCCGAGGUGAACGCUCGUAAGGCAGAAACGGAUGCGAAGAAGGCCGAAGUAGAGGCUCUGGCGAAGAAGUGCGCCGAAAGGAUGAACGCGGCCAACGCCAAGGAGUCAUACACGAUGAGCUUGGAAAAGCAGUUGGAGGAGAUGAGGGGCAACAUGGAGGGUAUGCUCGGACGCGUGUCGGUCUAUCAGGGCAAGAAGCGUCGCAGAACGGAGGGACCAGAUUUCCAGCUGUGA